CACACACACAAACCAGAGUUGCACAAGCAAGCUGAAGAGUAAUAAUGGCAGCACUUUUCAAAGCAAAGAAAGCCCUGGGGCUGUGUCUAAGUGGCUGUCGUGGACUAACACAGCUUGCCGAGCUACCUGAGAUGCACCAGAUGCUCAGGCAGACGUGUAGAGACUACGCAGACCGAGAACUAGCCCCUAUUGCCGCGCAACUAGACAAGGAACACAGGUACCCUGCCAAACAGGUACGGGAGCUGGGGCAGAUGGGUGUGAUGGCCAUCGAGGUACCAGAGGAACUUGGUGGAGCUGGGAUGGACUACCUGGCCUACAGUCUGGCCGUGGAGGAGAUCAGUCGAGGAUGUGCCAGUACAGGAGUGGUGGUUUCUGUCAACAACUCUCUCUACAUUGGCCCAGUGUUAAAGUAUGGAACGGAGGAGCAGAAACGUGAGUGGAUUCCUCCCUUCACCACAGGAGAGAAGGUUGGCUGCUUCUCCCUCAGUGAACCAGGCAACGGCAGUGACGCGGGGGCGGCGUCUACGCUGGCCCAGCAGGACGGGGACGAGUGGGUGCUGAACGGGACGAAGGCCUGGAUCACCAACAGCUGGGACGCCUCCGCCACGGUCGUCUUCGCUACGACCGACAAGAAACUCAAACACAAGGGCAUCAGUGCUUUCCUGGUCCCCAUGCCUCACCCGGGCCUGUCCCUGGGCAAGAAGGAGGACAAGCUGGGCAUCAGGGCGUCGUCCACCGCCAACAUCAUCCUGGAGGACUGCAGGAUACCACUGGGCAACAUGCUGGGCCCCCGAGGGGCAGGGUUCAAGAUCGCCAUGCAAACCCUGGACAGUGGGCGUAUCGGUAUAGCCUCCCAGGCCCUUGGGAUUGCACAGGCUUCCCUAGACUGCGCCGCGGACUACUCCCACAAACGCAUUGCGUUCGGCGCCCCCAUCGGCAAGAUGCAGGCCAUACAGUUUAAACUGGCCGACAUGGCCGUGGCGUUGGAGAGCGCUCGCCUGCUCACUUGGAAAUCGGCGCUGCUACGAGAUGCCAAGAUGCCCUACUCGAAGGAAGCAGCCAUGGCCAAACUGGCAGCGUCUGAGGCUGCCACCUUCUGCGCUCACCAGGCCAUCCAAGUUUUGGGAGGAAUGGGUUAUGUGACGGACAUGCCCGCAGAAAGACACUACCGGGACGCACGCAUCACAGAAAUCUACGAGGGCACCAGUGAGAUCCAGAGGCUGGUCAUCGCCGGACAGCUACUCAAGGAAUACAAGCAGUAGCGUUCAGGCCGUGCUCUGGUUGGAAGUAGCCCUUCGUAUUGAUCUAGGAUCAGGCAAUCUUACCAUGGGUCCUAAUCCUUCAUCAUUCAGAUAUUGACACGGUCUACGUCAAGAGAUACUGUCGGGGCUAUCCUCCAGUCCAUCCACACCAAUGGGCUUUUACAGUUGGAACCGCUGUGUUCAACACCCAGUACGCCUUUGAGUUUCAGAUCUGCUGCUCUCCCUCAUCCCCCAUUUGAAGAGUAACCGGGAUAAAACGCCCCUCUCAAGAACAUUAUUUACGUGAUAAGACUAACCUGCCUUACAAACAUUCAUCUUUUGCUGUGCCUGCGAACCGGAUUCCUUAGAUAUUAGGACGACAGCUGACUUUUGCUCAGAGAAUCUGGGGAAAACAUCAAGUACUAAGACUUGGAAGCUGUCUCUCGCACCAUCUGUUGUUUUUUUUUGUGUGUGCUGUAAUACCCAUUCUUACAAGAAGGGAGCAGCGAUGUAUCUCAGCUGCCUUUUUUCCCCUCAAACGUCACCAGAGCGCAGACGACACUUGAUGGAUGCACACUGGUUCAGGAUCUACAUAGAUGUGUACACGCCCAGACUGCUUUUGGUGGCUGUAGCAUUGCUGUGACUGCCCAUCUAUUGCCAUGUCGUAGGCAAGUGGUAGCCAAACAGCGGUGUCUAGGAACAUUUCUGGUCAACUUUUGAUUGCAUCAAAAUGGUGUAGGCCUACCAGGUUAUGAUCCUAAAGUUUGCGGUUUGAUCCGAAGAAACGGUUAGUGCAGGAGUUGUAAUCACUGUCAGCUUGAUCUGUUUGAUUAUUUAAGAUUGUAUGCUCUGUGUCGCGCAUUGUAGGACAUGAUCUACACAGUCCUGGUCUGAGCCUCAAUAAAACUGCUAAUGUAAAUAUUUUAGUUAUGAAGCAAAAGGAAAAUAAAAUCAAAUGAUCUAA